UCUAAACAAGUAGUUAGCAUUUUUCUCACCGAAACAAAGUACAAUACAAUAUUUGCAUUGAAAACUGCUUUCUUUCUUCUCUAUCUUCCCUGCAGAGAUAAGCUUGCUGCCAGAAAAGAUAACAUGGAAGACAAGUGCGCAAUCAGGAGAGAUGUCACAGAAUUAAUUGGAAAUACCCCGUUGGUAUAUCUCAACAAUGUUGUGGAUGGUUGCGUAGCCCGAAUUGCUGCCAAGCUAGAAUCAAUGGAACCCUGCUCUAGCGUGAAAGACAGGAUUGCAUUUAGUAUGAUCAAGGACGCAGAGGAUAAAGGUCUAAUUACGCCAGGGAAGACUGUUCUUGUUGAGCCCACAAGUGGCAACACUGGCAUUGGAUUGGCAUUCAUUGCAGCAAGCAAGGGUUACAAGCUUAAGAUAACCAUGCCAUCUUCAAUGAGUCUUGAGAGAAGAAUUGUGCUCCUAGCUUUUGGAGCUGAGGUGUACCUCACAGAUCCUGCCAAAGGCAUUAAGGGAGUUCUUGAUAAGGCUGAGGAGUUGCUAACCAGCACACCUAAUAGUUAUAUGCUUCAGCAAUUUGAAAAUCCUGCCAAUCCAAUGGUUCAUUACGAAACCACCGGCCCGGAGAUAUGGAGAGACUCAGGAGGGAAGGUUGAUGCCCUGGUUUCAGGGAUAGGGACUGGGGGUACCGUAACCGGUACUGGGAGAUUUCUUAAAGAGCAAAAUCCAAAGAUCAAGGUGUACGGUGUAGAACCAGUCGAAAGUGCAGUCUUAAAUGGUGGCCGACCUGGGAAGCAUCUGAUCCAAGGAAUUGGUGCUGGUAUCAUACCUCAAGUUCUGGAUGUAAGCUUGCUCAACGAAGUUAUUCAAGUAACCAGUGAAGAAGCUAUUGACACCGCUAAGCUGCUUGCCCUGAAAGAAGGUCUUCUGGUGGGGAUUUCAUCUGGUGCAGCAGCAGCAGCAGCAAUAAAGCUGGCCAAGAAGCAGGAAAAUGCUGGAAAACUCAUUGUUGCUGUGUUCCCCAGCUUCGGAGAGCGUUAUUUGUCUUCAGAGCUCUUUGAUUCCGUUAGGCAUGAGGCGGAAAACAUGACUGUUUACUGAAGUGUUGCUGAAUUUCAUAAAAUGCUUCUUAUUGCCUUGCUUCUUGAAAUAAUAAGAAAAACUUUGCUCUAGUUUGGAUGGCAAUAUGACCUCAGCCUAUAACGGCACUAGACCCUUAUUACAAACAAUAUUUGACUUAUGCGAUUUAUAACUCGUUAAAAAAUAAAUUCUGGUUCGUA